AGAAUCAACAGAGAUAAAGAAAACAAAAAGAAAGAAUUAUCAUCUUUAAAGUAAAACUGUUUCUUGGAAGUGAUUGUUAGCAUUAACAAUGGCGUCGGAGCAAGCAAAGAGAGAGACCAAGGUGACGGAGAGAGAAGUUCAAGUGGAGAAAGACAGAGUCCCGAAGAUGACGAGUCAUUUCGAGUCCAUGGCCGAAAAAGGCAGAGAUUCCGACACACAGAGGCAUCAAACAGAAGGUGGUGGGACACAGUUCGUGUCACUCUCAGACAAGGGGAGUAAUAUGCCUGUUUCUGAUGAAGGAGAAGGGGAGACGAAGAUGAAGAGGACUCAGAUGCCUCACUCCGUUGGAAAAUUCGUUACGAGCAGCGAAUCAGGAACAGGGAAGAAGAAAGAUGAGAAAGAAGAGCAUGAGAAGGCGUCGCUAGAGGAUAUUCAUGGGUAUAGAGCCAAUGCUCAGCAGAAGUCAAUGGAUACUAUAAGAGCAGCAGAGGAAAGGUAUAACAAGGCUAAGGAGAGUUUGAGCCAUGGUGGACAAGAAGCUCGAGGGGGACAAAUGGAGGGGAAAGGGCGAGAAAGUGGUGUCCGUGUUUCUCACGUUGGGGCUGUUGGUGGUGGCGGAGGAGGUGCUGCUGUCUUCGGACAUGAAUCUCGUGGCAAAGAAAGAGAAGAAAAAGAGAGUGGUGCUCAUGGCUUUCAUGGGGAGAAAGCACGACAUGCUGAGUUUUUGGCUGCCGGAGGUGAGGAGAUGAGAGAACGUGAAGGUAAAGAAUCAGCCGGUGGUGUUGGUGGUCGGAGUGUAGCAGAUAAGGCGGCUGAGAAAGGACGGCAAGCUAAGGAAAGUGUUGGACAAGGUGCUCAGAAAGCCGGAAGCGGUGCGAGUGAGAAAAGUCAGAGAGCUUCCGAUUACGUGACAGAGAAGGGAAGGGAAACUGGAGACAUGGCGGCUCAGAAAGGACAGGAGACAAAGGAACAGGCUGCGAGAGCUAAAGACUACACUGUUGAGAAAGCAGCUGAAGCUAAAGAUACGGCGGCCGAGAAAGCUCGGAGAGCUUCUGAGUAUGCAACAGAGAAAGGAAAAGAAGCUGGAAAUGUGACAGCUGAACAGGCGGCGAGAGCAAAAGAUUAUGCUCUGCAGAAAGCUGUUGAAGCUAAAGAGAAUGCGGCGGAGAAAGCUCAGAGAGCUUCCGAGUAUAUGAAGGAAACAGGAAGCACCGCGGCUGAACAGGCUGCGAGAGCAAAAGACUACACUCUGCAGAAAGCUGUGGAAGCUAAAGAUGUUGCAGCUGAGAAAGCUCAGAGAGCUUCAGAGUAUAUGACAGAGACAGGAAAACAAGCCGGAAAUGUUGCAGCUCAGAAAGGACAAGAGGCGGCUUCAAUGACAGCAAAAGCUAAAGAUUACACUGUUCAGAAAGCCGGUGAAGCAGCUGGGUAUGUAAAAGAAGCUACUGUGGAAGGAGGAAAAGGAGCUGCACAUUACGCGGGAGUGGCAGCUGAGAAAGCCGCUGCGGUUGGGUGGACAGCGGCACAUUUCACCACGGAGAAAGUGGUGCAAGGGACAAAAGCGGUUGCCGGUACAGUGGAAGGUGCGGUGGGGUAUGCAGGGCAUAAGGCGGUGGAAGUAGGAUCGAAGGCAGUAGAUUUGACUAAGGAGAAAGCUGCAGUGGCUGCUGAUACGGUGGUCGGGUAUACGGCGAGGAAGAAAGAGGAAGCUCAACACAGAGACCAAGAGAUGGAUCAGGGAGGUGAGGAAGAGAAGCGACCAGGGUUUGUUACAGAAGCAAAGAGAGGCUAUGGAGAAGAGUACGGAGAAGAAAGAGGGAGUGAGAAAGAUGUCUACGGCUAUGGAGCAAAAGAAAUGGCCGGAGAAGGGAGGAGAGAUGUUGGGGAGGCAGAGUAUGGAGGAGGAAGAGGGAGUGAGAAAGAUGUCUUCGGAUAUGGACCAAAAGGCACGGUCGGAGAAGCGAGGAGAGACGUUGGAGAGGAAUACGGAGGAGGAAGAGGCAGUGAGAGAUAUGUCGAAGAAGAAGGGGUUGGAGCGGGAGGGGUGCUUGGGGCAAUCGGCGAGACUAUAGCUGAGAUUGCACAGACGACAAAGAACAUAGUGAUUGGUGAUGAUCCUGUGCGGACACAUGAACAUGGAACUACUGAUCCUGACUAUAUGAGACAUGAACAAGGACAACGUUGAAAAAAUGUAAUGGUGAAAUGUUUUGUGGUUUUCUGCUUUUCUUAAAAAGGUCUUUUGUUUUUGUAUGUAAAUAACAAAGAAGCUCUGUUUCAUAGUGUUCUGGUAAAUAAAAAGCUCUGUUUCUCUUAAGAGGUUUGAAGAAUAUAUGAGUGGUUUCCUU